UCCGCCCCUUCGGUCCCGGAAGUGGAGGGAGCGGCGUUGCCAUGGCGGCGUCUCUUGGACAGGUGCUGGCCCUGGUGCUGGUGGCCGCCUUGUGGGGUGGCACACAGCCGCUGCUGAAGCGGGCCUCCUCCCGCCUGCAGCAGGUUCAUGAGCGGACCUGGGCCCGGCAGUUGCUGCAGGAGAUGAAGACCCUCUUCUUGAAUACUGAGUACUUGAUGCCCUUUUUCCUCAACCAGUGUGGCUCCCUUCUCUACUACCUCACCCUGGCAUCAACAGAUCUGACCCUAGCUGUGCCCAUCAGUAACUCUCUGGCCAUCGUCUUCACACUGAUUGUCGGGAAGGUCCUCGGAGAAGAUGUAGGUGGAAAAGGAGCAUUCACAGGCAUGAUGCUCACCGUGGUGGGGAUUGCACUCUGCGUCAUGAGCUCCGUGAGCAAGACCCAGGGGCAGCUGUCUGCCCUUUGAGUGGGCCGACGCCACCCUCCAGCCCUUCUGUGUCCAGGAAGCCCCUGAGCCGUGAGGCGCAGCCAGUGAGCACACGGACCUAGCACUUCCCCCUCUGAGCCUCAGCGUCCUCACCUCUUAGGGGGUGAAUAGCUACCUCGUGGUGGCUCUCACAGGAGAACCGCAGUGAGAGAUCUGUUCAGCUGCUCAGAUUUAGCACAAGAGACUUCAUACCUCCCCAGCAACCUUUCUGCCCCGCAGCUCUCCUCGUGCUGUCAUGUCAGGCCCCUAGCCCAGCCGCCGUCACUAUGGCCCCAUCCAGACUGUCACAGCAGCUGGGUCCACGGACGGCAUGGAGACAGCCAGCCGCCUGUGCCAGAGAUGCAAACAGGAGGCCUCAGGGC